UUAAACUUAAACCUCAUUUUAGGGACUGAAACCCUAUAAAACCCAAAAAAGCACGCAAAACUCCCACAUUACAUACAUCAACUCCAAUGGAGCCAUGGAUAUCAUCUCCAUCAGCUUCAGAAAUGCAACUAGCAAUAGCUGCACUUUUCGGUGCAUCCGUUAUGGCUAUCUCCGCUUUCUAUCUCCACAAACGCAGCGUCGAUCAAGUCCUCGAUAAACUCAUCAAACUCCGCCAACGCAAACGUCAAGACGACGACGCUGACGGUGAUUACAACUUGUCGAUGCAAGAUGAUGAUGAGAUUCAUGAGAAUAUUACAACUACUAGGAAUUUUGUCUACGUUGAUAAUAUUGAUGACGACGACGAUGAUGAUGAUAGUAAUGUGUUGAGGAGUUAUAGACUACUUUCUUCGUCUAUGCCUAAUGUGACUGUAUCUAAUGAGUGGAUGAAUAAUGAGAGGCAGCCGUCGUCGAAUUCUGUGGAGAAGCUUAAUUCGAUUCCUUCCAGUUCAUCGUCUCCUCUAAAUAAAAGUGAAGAAAGAGUUGUGAGUAGCUUUAAUCCGCUGAAUCGAGUGGAAACUGCUGGGAAACCAGGUGAUUGUGCAUUUGAAAGUGUUGGCAACUCUAAUGAGGACAAAGGCGAGUUUGCUACUGCUGCAGAGGAUGUUGUUUUCUCCUACGAUAAUGAUACCGGUCCAACUGAAGAGGAAUUUUCUAUCUCUGCCUUAACUGAAAGUCGUAUUCAUAUUCAGCAUAAAACAGUCGCACCUGAGGCAAGAUCUAACAUAGAUCAUGGUGUUGGAGAGGUAGACGGAGCAUCUAUGCACAUUGUGGAAAAUGAUCCUAGUUUAUUCAACAACAUUUUGCCCCUGCCAGCUACAACACAUGAUCCUGUGAACGUUGAGGAGGAAGAAGUACUGAAGAUGAUCCGUGAAUGUUUAGAUUUGAGAGAGAAGUAUGUUUUCAGGGAAGAAACUGCUCCAUGGAUGAAAGAGAUUACGAGUGAAUCAAAAGCGUCGGCUAGGAACCAUGAUCCAUUUAGCUUUGGCCAAUGUGAAGCAACUUCUCACCAUUUUAAGAUGGAAGAUGGAGUUGUACGUGUUUAUGCCAGUGAAAACGAUAUUGAAGAGCUGUUCCCUGUUGCUAGCGCAACAACAUUUUUCACUGAUAUGCACCAUGUCCUCAAAGUAAUGGCUGUAGGAAAUGUUCGUUCUUACUGUCACCAUCGUUUGCGAUUUCUCGAAGAGAAAUUUCGCCUCCAUUUGCUAGUAAAUGCUGACCGGGAAUUUCUGGCUCAAAAGAGUGCACCUCAUCGUGAUUUCUACAACAUCAGAAAGGUUGACACCCAUGUGCAUCAUUCUGCUUGCAUGAAUCAGAAGCAUCUUCUGCGGUUCAUCAAGUCGAAACUGAGAAAAGAACCUGACGAGGUAGUCAUAUUUCGGGAUGGACAGUAUCUUACACUGAAGGAAGUCUUUGAGAGUUUGGACUUGACAGGGUAUGAUCUUAAUGUUGAUCUUUUGGACGUACAUGCUGAUAAGAGUACAUUUCACCGGUUUGACAAAUUCAAUCUCAAAUAUAAUCCUUGCGGACAAAGCAGACUCAGAGAAAUCUUUCUAAAGCAAGACAACCUUAUCCAAGGGCGCUUCUUGGCUGAAGUCACGAAGGAAGUCUUGCAAGAUCUUGAAGCAAGCAAAUACCAGUUGGCUGAAUACAGAAUCUCCAUCUAUGGAAGGAAACAAAGCGAAUGGGAUACACUGGCUAGCUGGUUUGUGAACAAUGAACUAUAUAGCCAAAAUGCAGUAUGGUUGAUUCAGCUCCCACGGUUAUACAAUAUCUACAAGAGUAUGGGAACUGUCACCUCCUUCCAGAAUAUUCUAGAUAAUGUGUUCAUUCCACUAUUUGAAGUCACAGUUGAUCCAAAGUCUCAUCCUCAUUUGCAUCUGUUCUUAAUGCAGGUAGUAGGUUUUGACAUGGUAGAUGAUGAAAGUAAACCAGAGAGACGUCCUACCAAGCACAUGCCGAAGCCAGAUGAAUGGACAAAUCAGUUCAAUCCAGCAUUUUCUUAUUAUGCUUAUUACUGUUAUGCAAACUUGUAUACACUCAACAAGCUUCGGGAAUCAAAAGGGUUGCGAACAAUCAGAUUAAGACCACACUGUGGGGAGGCGGGUGAUGUUGAUCAUUUAGCUGCUGGGUUUCUUUUAUGUCAUAACAUUUCUCAUGGCAUCAAUUUGCGGAAGAGUCCUGUACUGCAUUAUCUUUACUACCUUGCACAGGUUGGACUGGCAAUGUCUCCCCUGAGCAAUAAUUCACUUUUCCUUGACUAUAAUCGGAACCCAUUCCUUAUGUUCUUCCAUCGUGGCAUGAAUGUCUCACUCUCUAGUGAUGACCCCUUGCAAAUUCACUUGACAAAGGAGCCCCUCGUGGAAGAAUACAGUGUUGCAGCUAAGGUAUGGAAGCUGAGUUCUUGUGACCUUUGUGAGAUAGCUAGGAAUUCGGUCUAUCAGUCAGGGUUCAAGCAUGCAGACAAGAUGCAUUGGCACGGCAGUAAAUACUAUAAGAGAGGCCCUCAAGGAAACGAUAUUCACAAGACAAAUGUACCCAAUUUGAGGAUUUCCUUCAGACAUGAGACAUGGACGGAAGAGAUGCAGUAUGUUUAUAGAGGAAAAGCAAUCCUGCCUGAAGAUGUAGAACAUUGAUCAAAAUGUUAUCAACGAUCUUUAUCUCACUGAGGCACAUCAUGAUUCAGAUAGCCAGAAGUGAGGCUCCUACAGUGGCAAGGUUUAAUAGCAAUGAGGACGCGGUUCCAUUAAUAUUGCUGCUUAAUUUAUACCUCGGUGGAAGCAAGUUUGCUUUUGGGAGUCUGGUCUGAUGAGUGAUCACCAUCAUGGUGCGUAUUUAGUGCCUUCAUUUCUAGUCCUAUUAAAUCUAUACUAUUGAGGUUCAGGCAAUCAAAAGAAUGUAUCUGGCUUAUUGCUGCGAUAUGUAGUAAUACCAGGCUUAUACUAGCUGGAGCAGCUUUUACCCUAUAAUGUCUUGGUUGAACCAUCAUGCUUUUUAUUCUCUUUCAUUAUGGCAUUUUAAGCAUCUACAUUGCUUUAAUGA